AUGAGAGCAGGUCAGACCCUUAACCCAAUAACUAAUCCUACUCCUCCUCCUCCUCCUCCUGCUGCUGCUGCUAAUCCUGCUGCUGCUGCUGCUGCUGCUAAUCCUGCUGCUGCUGCUGCUGCAAGUCCUGCUGCUGCUGCAGCAAGUCCUGCUGCUGCUGCAGCAAGUCCUGCUGCUGCUGCUAAUACUGCUGCUGCAGCAAAUGGUGCUGCUGCAGAAGAUUCUUAUCCUCCAGCUAAUCCUGCUGCUGCAUCAAAUCAUGCUGCUGCAACACCUGCUGACAACGCGUGGGUGUUGACGAAUUUCCCGCUGCAUCGAAAGUGGGCUGCCGACAGAGAGCUGCUUGGCUGCGACAAUGAUUCAUUUUAUUGUUCAACGUGGGAGCGUAUACGUCAAGAAAGCUCUCAGAUAGAGAACAGCUCCCGCGGAGAGGAGUUAAAAGAUAUGCGGCUUGCUGGGGUUGUCUCUGCAUUAAAAGCACUAGAAGCAGAAAUGCAGUAUAAUAGCGCUAAGCUAAUUGCUGGUGAAGCAGCAGACCCUAAACUCAUCGACUGCUACCAGUACGAUGAUCAGCCCCUACGCAACCUUCUCGAGGAGCAGCAGCGGCUGCUAGAGGAGCAGCAGCAACGUGAAUUAGAGAUGGAAAUACAAAGAGAAGCUCUAUUUGAAGCUGCAAGAAGAGAAGAAGAAGAAAAACAAUUAAAAGCAGAGAUGGAGAAGAAAGCGAAAGAAGAAGCAGAAAGAAAAGCCAAAGAAGAACAGGAAGAAAUGCAGCGUCGGCGAGAGGAGCGCCGCCGUCGUCGCGCUGAGUUGGGCAGCAGCAGCAGCAGCAGCAGCAGCAGCAGGAGCAGCAGCAUGAGCAGCACAGGGAGAGAUAACAGCAGCGACAAUAAUGGUCGAGUUGGCAAUGAGAAAGCAAGGCCGAGUGUCUCUCCAGUUGCUGAAGGGUUUAGAAGUUUAAUAGAAAGAGAGAUUGAGCGCAGCAGAAGAUCGUCUGCUAGCUGCAGAGUUGUAGAAGGACAUGAUGAAUUAGGUUCUGCUGCUGCAGCAAGCGAACAGCAGCAGCUAAGCGCUCUUCCAAGCGAUGUUAUAAAUGCCUUCGAACCCCAGAUGCAGCAGCAAGGAGUUAAUCCCUGUGAUGCAGAUCUGCAAGCUUUUGCUACUCUUCUUGCUUCUAAGCUUAUGCAUGUUGCUGCAGCAGACAGCAGAGAAGAAACUACCCAACUGCAGCAGCAGCAGCAGCAGCAGCAGCAGCAGGAGCCGCAGGUGCAGCAAGGACCAGUGAUGCAACAGCAGCAGCAAAUGCAACUGCAACAGCAGCAAAUGCCGCCGCCGCAGCAGCAGCAGCAGCAGCAAAUGCAACUGCAACAGCAGCAAAUGACGCAGCAGCAGCAGCAGCAAAUGCAACAGCAGCAGCAAAUGCUGCAGCAGCAGACAAUGCUGCAGCAGCAGACAAUGCAGCAACAACCACUACAGCAGCAGCAAAUGCAGCAACAGCCGACGCAGCAGCAGCAGCAAGUGCUGCAACUGCCAUUGCAGCAACUGCCUCUGCACCAACAGCAAAUGCAGCAGCAGCAGCAAAUGCAGCAACAAUCGCGGGUGCAGCAGCAACAACUGCAGCAAUUGCCAACGCAGCAGCAGCCAAUGCAGCAGCAGCCAAUGCAGCAGCAGCAGGCAAUGCAGCUGCAGCAGCAAAUGCAGCAGCAGCAAGCGCAGCAGCAGCAAGCGCAGCAGAAAUCCAUGCCGCCUCUACCACUGCAGCAACAGCAAGUGCAGCAGCAGCAGCAAAUGCACCCAGUUCAGCCGCAGCAGCAGCAGUUAGUGCAGCAGCAAGGGCAACAACAACAACAACAACACCAACAGCAGCAGCAGCAGAAUGAGCAGCCAGUAGAAGGUAAUAACCAACUUCAAGGAUCCCCAGUUGCAGCAGCAGCAGCAGCAGCACAGCUACCAGCAGCAGCAGCAGCAACAGCACAACAACCACCAGCAGCAGCAGCACCAGCCUCACAAGCAACAGCAGCAGCAGACCCUGAAGCAACGGUGCAACCGCAGCAGCAGCAGCCCAACUCUACUCAAGCAGACGGUGCAGCAGCAGCAGCAUCACCAGCAUCAGCACCAGAAGCAGCAGCAGCACGAACAGCAGCAGCAGCAGCAGCAGCCCAAUCACCGGAUGUAAUACCAGCCGCCUCACCAAUGGCGUUACCAGACGCGUUUGCAGCAGCAGAAGAAGCAGCAGAUGUAUCAGCAGCAGCAGACGGAACAUCAGCAGGAGCAGCAGCAGAAGGAGCAGCAGCAGAAGGAGCAGCAGCAGCAACAGCAGCAGGAGUUGAGCUGCAGUUUGAUGAGUAUGGGUUUGUUUAUGAUGAACACGGCUAUGCAUACGACAGCCAAGGCGUCUGUCGAGGGUAUUUCGGCGAAGACGGGACAUUUUUUUAUUUUGAAACGCAAGCAGUAGAUGCAGCAGCAGCAGCAGCAGAAGACCAGCAGCAGCAGCAGCAGCAGCAGCAGCAGCAGCAAGAGUAG